AGUCAUGGAAACUCCUCACAAUAGCUCGACGUGCCUCUCUCUCACUUCGGUCGGUGAGCGCGAGCUGAGCUCUGAGCUCCAUCCUCUCCUAAAGCCCUUUACUUUGCGCAUGUACAGCCGAACUGAACAUUUCAUCGACUCCAAGAUGGCGUUAACACCACUGGCUUGCGUUCUGCUUCUCCUUUCCAUGCAAUGCUACAUCAGCACCUUGGCAGUCAUCCUCAAGACGACGAAUGAAAAACCAUGGGUCAAUGAGUUUGAAUCAAUCGAGCUGUCCUGCAUGAUAGAGUCGAUCACCACUUCUAAUCCUAGAAUAGAAUGGAAGAAGAUUAAGAAUGGAGAGCCCAGUUAUGUAUAUUUUGAAAAGGAAAUAGCAGGUGACCUGGAAAAGAGAGCGAAAAUUCGAGAACCUGCAACCUUAGUCAUUCUCAACGCAACAAGAUCUGACACUGCUGAUUACCGCUGUGAAGUCACCGCCCCCAGUGACCAAAAAUCCUUCGAUGAGAUUUUGAUAUCACUCGUUGUAAGAGUGAAGCCCGUCGUGCCCAGAUGUUCCGUACCCAAGUCCGUCCCGGUGGGCAAACCAGCAGAACUGCAUUGUGUGGAGGAUGAGGGCCACCCGAAGUCCCAGUACCAGUGGUUCCGUAACAAAGAGGAAAUCCCAGAAGACCCCAAGACCAGCCCAAAGUUCUUAAACUCCACUUACACCCUGAACGGAGAGAUGGGCACUCUGAAAUUCAGUGCGGUCAGGAAGGAGGAUGCGGGAGAGUACUACUGCAGAGCCAGGAAUGAGGCUGGGUUCUCUGAAUGUGGACCGCAGUUGAUGGAAGUUUAUGAUAUCAACAUUGCUGGAAUUAUCCUGGGCGUAGUGGUUGUGGUGACCGUCCUUCUGUGUAUAACAGUGGGCAUCUUCUGUGCCUAUAAACGAGGCUACUUCACCAGCCAGAAGCAGACGGGAAACAAUUACAAAGCUCCAGCAAAAGGAGAUGGAGUGGACUAUGUCAGAACAGAAGAUGAGGGGGAUUUCCGACACAAAUCCUCAUUUGUCAUCUGAGUGGAGGAAGACGGAUGAUGGAAGAAUUACAUUUAAAGUUAUUGGCACUAUUAUACCUCGCAGACACAAAUCCCCAAAUGUGGACACAGAUGUCGGAGCUGCCAUGGCACGUGCCUUGCUUUUUGGCACGUCUGCAACGACACAAUUUGUAAUUGCCAAAGGUGACAAAUAAUCAUGUCUGAUCACUGUUUAAAGACACUAGAUAUGUAUUGUUUCUUUAAUUCAACUUUUACAGCCCCUUUUUACAGCUGACUAAAAUGUUGCCUGUUGUAAAAUUUUGGCAGAACCCGAUAUACAGCAAGAAAACGGUUUCCUUGAAAUCUUGUGUCAUUUUUAAAAAAAACAUUUGUUUUGUACUAGCUAAAUUUGUCAGACUAUUUUUGAUGGAAUAUAUUUUGAAAUGCCUAUAGAAUAAAUUGUUUUACUUUUUUAAAUAUUUGUAAAAUACUAACAUAGAAGCUAGGUUUUUUUUUUUUUUGACUAAUUUGGGGGUGAGAGACACCAUUUCCACCCACUUCACAUCCUUGGUUUUAACAAUUGGACAUGCAAAUAAUGUACCAGACCACUUGACGUUGUGGAUGUUUCGUUUUGUUUCAAAUCCUUUCAACGGCAUAUCCAGCGACACCGGCUUCAAUCAAAGGUCUUAUGUACUUACUAUACUGCUGGGGUUUCAUGUUAAUAGUGAAAGGACGUUCCAUGUUCAUGUUUGUAGAUAGUCUUAGACAGUGAGUAUCUUUGGAAAAACACCAGCAAAAAAGCUGGAGAAUAUUUUGAAAGACCAGUGCUGCGUAUUCUUGAUUUUAAGUGUCCUUCUAUGCUAGCUGUUUAUUUUGUAUAUAGUGAAUAUACUGUCUAGGUUUUAUUAUUUUUUUAUUAUUCUUUCUUCUUCUCUCUCUCUCUCUCUGUGAUUUUUCUUUUUCUUAUUUGAGUGAGAAAUGCUCUCAAUGUUACUUUUUAACAUAACAGGGUUUGUAUGUUGACUAACUGGUUGUAUAUAGAUCCACUGUGAGCUACACUGCAUAAGCAGUUUUUGGUUUAACUAAACGUUGAAUGAGGCAAAUAUGACACUCUUUCCAUGAAAAAAAAACUUAAAUUGGUCAUGGUAGAGAGGGGAUCUGCCUUAUUAAAUGCAUUAUUAAAACAAAAA